AUCCAGAGCCUGAAAACCUCAGCUACGUCGUCGUUUGGUUAGAUCUCUCUCUCUCUCUCUCUCUUCACUGGAGCUGUUCCCCGGGAACCCGAGCGCGAAGCCUCGCAUAGCUAAAGGCAAAAGCUUCUUCGAUCUCCAGCUUCAACGAGUUCGACCUAGGGUUUCUUCACAAUUUGCAGGGAGGGAGGGUUCUUUCGCGUAGUGGCUUAAGAAAAUGAGGCCCCUAUUCUGUGGUAACCUUGAUUAUGAUGCACGCCAAUCCGAUGUCGAGAGACUUUUCCGAAGAUAUGGGAAGGUUGAGAAAGUGGAUAUGAAGUCUGGAUUACUUGGAAUAUCCAUUGACCUCUUGGAUGGAUGUGCUCUCCUGCAUUUCUUUUCUUGCCUGUGCUACGCUUCAUCUUCUUCUGUUUUAAAGGAGACCCAACCAACCUAAUUUGCAAUGGCACUCCCAUCCUAUGACUCUCUGAGACACUAUUGCCUUUUCACUUUUCCUGGAAACCCUUCAGUAUUCCAUUUCCAACAUGUUUCACAGUAGAGGUCUUAGUGAUCUCACAGCCAAUGGCAGGAUAUGCUUUUAUCUACAUGGAGGAUGAGCGAGAUGCUGACGAUGCAGUUCGAAGGCUUGACAGGAUUGAAUUUGGUAGGAAGGGCCGUCGACUUCGUGUUGAGUGGAGUAAGGAAGAUGGUAGAAGAGGUGGUUCCAAAAGGUCCUCAGGUAACAUGAGAGCAUCGAAAACCUUGUUCGUCAUUAACUUUGACCCAAUGAAUACCAGGACAAGGGACCUUGAGAGGCAUUUUGAACCAUAUGGGAAAAUAUCAAACGUAAGGAUCAGAAGGAACUUUGCAUUCGUCCAAUAUGAGUCAUUAGAGGAUGCAACAAGAGCCCUGGAGGCCACAAACAUGAGCAAGCUGUUGGAUCGAGUCAUAACAGUGGAAUAUGCGGUUAGGGACGACGAUGAUAGAGGAAAUGGGUAUAGCCCCGAUAGAAGAGGUCGCGAUGGGUCUCCUCAUGGAAGAGGCUAUCGUGGGCGAUCACCCAGCCCAUAUCGAAGAGAUCGAGGUAGUCCUGAUUACGGACGUGGUGCAAACCCAGAUUCCAGAUAUGAGCCCAGAGGAAGUCCCAGGUACGAGAGAGCCGAAAGUCCAGCAAAUGAGAGAUAUCACAGCCGCUCACCUCCGCCACAGGAGAGGUCACGCUCUUGAGAUUCGCCCGGAGUCGAGGAGAAACAAUUUGAUGAUGGGUAGGUCUUCUGUUUUAUUUCUUAGCAGUCUCCAUGCUGGUUAUGAGUCCUUGUUUAUCUCGAUGUAAGAUGUGCAUUUGAACUCUCGAGAAGUCCUUAGAUUGGCAGUGCCAAAUUUGUCGGGGAUCUGUUGUACUACCAGUCAUAGUCUCUGUUGUUCUAUGUGGACGAGCGCUUGUUUGUGUAGCUAACCAUUGUGGAUGUUCGAAAUUGUAUGGACUAAGUUGUCUGAAGGUCUUUUCCAUCCCAUGAUU